AUCCGAGAGUGUCCUCCCCGCUCAACACCCUCCUGGGUCCUGCCCAGGCAGCGUGCGGAGGGGACGGACCCAGCAGGGCUCACAGGAGCAGCUCUACAGAAGAAGUUGUAUUUGCAAGAGGGAAAGGAAACACCUGAGCAAGAGCUGAUCUGCGAAGCGCUUCUUUUCUAAGGGAACGGUGACCCCAAAGGGUGGAAGAUGCUGGAUAAGGCCACCCUGCUCCUGUUCCUGCAUUUAGUCGCAUGCUCCAUCUCCUCUCCUCUGUACCCAGCUCUCAGGUACAGCCCAGGGCCAGGUGCUGGCAAGGCUGUGAACUUCCAGCUACAGCACAGCAGCCCAUUGCAAAGCCAUAACCCCUUGGUGGAGGAACAGGACGAGGAGGGUUUGUUACCAGACCUCACUGAGAAAAGGAUGCAGCGCCACGCUGAUGCCAUCUUCACCGACAACUACCGCAAAUUCCUGGGGCAGAUUUCCGCCCGCAAGUUCUUACAGACCAUCAUUGGCAAGAGGCUUGGAAGCAGCGAGAGCAGCCCAGGAGAAGGGGUGCAUGAAUUUCUGACAAGGCGCCAGUCUGACAGCAUCCUGAUGGACAGCCGCUACCACCAACAGAUGGUCCUGAGGGACUUCCUGGGAGCCAUUCUGCAGAACCAAAGGCCUCAGGACAUCAACAGCAGUCGGUUAGAAGGCUUCCCCAGCACCUUGGCUAAGCUCAUGUAAAUACUUCUCCCUUUCCCAUCUCCCCAUGCUCUGAGUCAUUCAGAGCUCGUGGAUCUAACUGUACAGUAACCCCUUCACAGCAACAGAGACAUUCCUGGAUGUGACCAGCUGGAAGCUGAUGCACACACUCCUCAGAUCCAUUCAAAGGAACACAGUUCUGAUGCACCACCUAAUUUACUUCAGUCUUAAUGAUUUAACUCCCCUCACUAAAUACCGGUCCGUGCACUGAAUCAGAAAAAAAAACAAACCCACACCUCCUGGAUUAACCUCAGGCUGCUUUACAUAAAAAGACUAAAACAACCAGUACACUUGUAAUCCUGGGGACAUAUUGUCUACUAAUUAAGGCUUUCAAAUUACAAAGCGUAGCAAAAUUUCUGCCAAGUCAUCAUUCUGGUGUAGGGCCUGAUUAAUAAACAUGAGGCCACCAAAAGGCACCUUUAGGCAACUUAGUAAAUCGAUUACAGCCUCCUCUAAAUAGAUGCUGAUGGCACAGCCACACACGCAGCUGGGAUCCGGGCGAGGGAAGACAUGAAUCCACACGUCUUACCCCCCAUUAGGAGCGUGGCUGUGGGCUGCUGCUCCUCCACACACAGCCCCGGCAGCAAAACUGAGCUCAAAAAAGCUCAGCUACAGCUGCUGCUCAGCCCUGAGGUGCUCAAACCCAAGCUACAGCUCUGCAGGAGUUAAAGGAGAUCCCUGUGCAUCAGAUUGGGCUGUCACCGGGUUUUAAUUCAAGGUGCCAUCCAGUGGGUCUGAACUCCACCCUGGCGAGAGUUACAACUAUAAAGGUUUUCAAAGAAGUAAGUUAUUAAGCCAGCGAUCUCAUACAUCUACUUCCUUCCCAGUCGCCCCAAUUCUCCCAUUGUUUGUGUAAUAAUUAUGUCUUCAGAAAUGUAAAUAACGCCAGGAUGGGGUCUGCUUUCCCAUCGUUAGCGGGAAAUAAAAGUUGUUCUAA